GAGGCAAAUUCAAAGCCGCGGCGACUCAGCUGCCAGAUUUUUGAGGUGAGGCAGAGGAAGCGGAGUGGAAUUCUCAAUUAAAGGCCUCUGUCCCCUUAUCUGUUAAAUUGGCACUAUUAAAAAGUCAUAAAGAUAAGACAGAAACGAGAAAGAACAGAACUGACUGAAAUUACCCAUUCUUUUUUGAACAGAGCCGUCUUUCUCCCCUGCUGCUCAGAGAGAUGUCAGUCUCGUCUCAACCUCACCAGCAAUUUCUAUCUUGAAUAAGCCAAGUCUCUCUCCCAGCCUGAGAGAAUGCUUGAAUUGUUGGCACUCUGUUCUUUGCUACCAAAUGGCUUGGAAAAAUAGCAUGAACGUCACCAGUCUCUGGCCUUCAGGAAAGUCCCUGCUAACCACCACAGCGGUGGAGAAGGCGUCUAACUUUCUCCAGGCUCAGCGUGUGAGUGAACACCGCCCUGACCUCCUGGGCGCGUCCUGAUGCUCUCAACAGCAGCCCUCAGGAUUCUGGACUGUGGGUCCCACAUUCCAGAUACCAUUUGUGGAAUGGCUGGAUGAGAAAAUUGCAACAGCACCCUCAUUUCCAGUUGAGGGAAUGGGCGGGUUACCAGGAGGUUUGACACUCUUGAAGGGAGGUUAACAAGUGAUGCAAGAAGUAAGGAAUCGUGUUUGAGUGCACAGACUCUAGCAUAAACACACCUACCUUCAAUUUCUAGCUCUGUCACUGUCACUCUGAAUUUAUUACCUCUGCAAUAGGACUAAAGCCAUCUAAUUUAUUGGAUUGUGAGGACUAAAAGAUAAUAUAUGUGGGCAUUUAGCACAGUGUCGGGCACAUAGUUCGCCUUCCAUAACCAGUAGUAACCAGUAACGGCGGGGAGCUGUUACUAACUAUAGGGCUGAGGGGGUGGGGGAAGGAAGCAGUUACUAAAACAAGGCGAGAGCGGUAGCUGUGGCUGUACGAGAGUAACCAACUGGAACUGUGUCGUUCAGUAGAGGAAAGCAAGCAAUGCCAACUUUUCACCAAGUAAGCUUUAUUCCUAGGACACCAACACUAGCUACCUAAACUGAAAGCUUCCGCCGAUUUCACCGAAGGUCAGGAAAGUCCAACGCCCGGCAAACUGGAUUUGCUGCCUUGGGCAGAGGUGGGCGGGCCCCCGCCUCCGGGCCUGGCGCAACGCUGAGCAGCUGGCGCGUCCCGCGCAGCCCCAGUCCUGCGCAGCUUCCCGAGGCUCCGCACCAGCCGCGCUUCUGUCCGCCUGCAGGGCAUUCCAGAAAGAUGAGGAUAUUUGCUGUCUUUAUAUUCAUGACCUACUGGCAUUUGCUGAACGCAUUUACUGUCACGGUUCCCAAGGACCUAUAUGUGGUAGAGUAUGGCAGCAAUAUGACAAUUGAAUGCAAAUUCCCAGUAGAAAAACAAUUAGACCUGGCUGCACUAAUUGUCUAUUGGGAAAUGGAGGAUAAGAACAUUAUUCAAUUUGUGCAUGGAGAGGAAGACCUGAAGGUUCAGCAUAGUAGCUACAGACAGAGGGCCCGGCUGUUGAAGGACCAGCUCUCCCUGGGAAAUGCUGCACUUCAGAUCACAGAUGUGAAAUUGCAGGAUGCAGGGGUUUACCGCUGCAUGAUCAGCUAUGGUGGUGCCGACUACAAGCGAAUUACUGUGAAAGUCAAUGCCCCAUACAACAAAAUCAACCAAAGAAUUUUGGUUGUGGAUCCAGUCACCUCUGAACAUGAACUGACAUGUCAGGCUGAGGGCUACCCCAAGGCCGAAGUCAUCUGGACAAGCAGUGACCAUCAAGUCCUGAGUGGUAAGACCACCACCACCAAUUCCAAGAGAGAGGAGAAGCUUUUCAAUGUGACCAGCACACUGAGAAUCAACACAACAACUAAUGAGAUUUUCUACUGCACUUUUAGGAGAUUAGAUCCUGAGGAAAACCAUACAGCUGAAUUGGUCAUCCCAGAACUACCUCUGGCACAUCCUCCAAAUGAAAGGACUCACUUGGUAAUUCUGGGAGCCAUCUUAUUAUGCCUUGGUGUAGCACUGACAUUCAUCUUCUGUUUAAGAAAAGGGAGAAUGAUGGAUGUGAAAAAAUGUGGCAUCCAAGAUACAAACUCAAAGAAGCAAAGUGAUACACAUUUGGAGGAGACGUAAUCCAGCAUUGGAACUUCUGAUCUUCAAGCAGGGAUUCUCAACCUGUGGUUUAGGGGUUCAUCAGGGCUGAGCGUGACAAGAGGAAGGAAUGGGCCCGUGGGAUGCAGGCAAUGUAGGACUUAAAAGGCCCAAGCACUGAAAAUGCAACCUGGCGAAAGCAGAGGAGGAGAAUGAAGAAAGAUGGAGUCAAACAGGGAGCCUGGAGGGAGACCUUGAUACUUUCAAAUGCCUGAGGGGCUCAUCGACGCACGUGACAGGGAGAAAGGAUACUUCUGAACAAGGAGCCUCCAAGCAAAUCAUCCAUUGCUCAUCCUAGGGAGACGGGUUGAGAAUCCCUAAUUUGAGGGUCAGUUCCUGCAGAAGUGCCCUUUGCCUCCACUCAAUGCCUCAAUUGGUUUUCUGCAUGACUGAGAGUCUCAGUGUUGGAACGGGACAGUAUUUAUGUAUGAGUUUUUCCUAUUUAUUUUGAGUCUGUUAGGUCUUCUUGUCAUGUGAGUGUGGUUGUCAAUGAUUUCCUUUGAAGAUAUAUUGUAGUAGAUGUUACAGUUUUGUCGCCAAACUAAACUUGCUGCUUAAUGAUUUGCUCACAUCUAGUAAAACAUGGAGUAUUUGUAAGGUGCUUGGUCUCCUCCAUAACUACAAGUACACAUUAGAAGCAUAAAGAUCAAACCGUUGGUUGCAUAGGAUGUCACCUUUAUUUAACCCAUUAAUACUCUGGUUGACCUAAUCUUAUUCUCAGACCUCAAGUGUCUGUGCAGUAUCUGUUCCAUUUAAAUAUCAGCUUUACAAUUAUGUGGUAGCCUACACACAUAAUCUCAUUUCAUCGCUGUAACCACCCUGUUGUGAUAACCACUAUUAUUUUACCCACUGCACAGCUGAGGAAGCAAACAGAUUAAGUAACUUGCCCAAACCAGUAAAUAGCAGACCUCAGACUGCCACCCACUGUCCUUUUAUAAUACAAUUUACAGCUAUAUUUUACUUUAAGCAGUUCAUUUAUUCAAAAACCAUUUAUUAAGUGCCCCUGCAUUAUCAAUCACUGUGCCAGGCAUUGAAUCUACAGAUGUGAGCAAGACAAAGUACCUGUCCUCAAGGAGCUCAUAGUAUAAUGAGGAGAUUAACAAGAAAAUGUAUUAUUACAAUUUAGUCCAGUGUCAUAGCAUAAAGAUGAUGUGAGGAGAAAACCCGAGCAGUGUUGCCAAGAGGAGGAAAUAGGCCAGUGUGGUCUGGGACAGUUGGAUAUACUUAAACAUCUUAAUAAUCAGAGUAAUUUUCAUUUACAAAGAGAGGUCGGUACUUAAAAUAACCCUGAAAAAUAACACUGGAAUUCCUUUUCUAGCAUUAUAUUUAUUCCUGAUUUGCCUUUGCCAUAUAAUCUAAUGCUUGUUUAUAUAGUGUCUGGUAUUGUUUAACAGUUCUGUCUUUUCUAUUUAAAUGCCAUUAAAUUUUAAAUUCAUACCUUUCCAUGAUUCAAAAUUCAAAAGAUCCCAUGGGAGAUGGUUGGAAAAUCUCCACUUCAUCCUCCAAGCCAUUCAAGUUUCCUUUCCAGAAGCAACUGCUACUGCCUUUUAUUCAUAUGUUCUUCUAAAGAUAGUCUACAUUUGGAAAUGUAUGUUGAAGGCACGUAUUUUUAAAAUUUUUUUCCUAAAUAGUAACACAUUGUAUGUCUGCUGUGUACUUUGCUAUUUUUAUUUAUUUUAGUGUUUCUUAUAUAGCAGAUGGAAUGAAUUUGAAGUUCCCAGGGCUGAGGACCCAUGCCUUCUUUGUUUCUUAGUUAUCUUUCCCAUAGCUUUUCAUUAUCUUUCAUAUGAUUCAGUAUAUGUUAAAUAUGUCCUACAUAUACAUUUAGACAACCACCAUUUGUUAAGUAUUUGCUCUAGGACAGAGUUUGGAUUUGUUUAUGUUUGCUCAAAAGGAGACCCAUGGGCUCUCCAGGGUGCACUGAGUCAAUCUAGUCCUAAAAAGCAAUCUUAUUAUUAACUCUGUAUGACAGAAUCAUAUCUGGAACUUUUGUUUUCUGCUUUCUGUCAAGUAUAAACUUCACUUUGAUGCUGUACUUGCAAAAUCACAUUUUCUUUCUGGAAAUUCCGGCAGUGUACCUUGACUGCUAGCUACCCUGUGCCAGAAAAGCCUCAUUCGUUGUGCUUGAACCCUUGAAUGCCACCAGCUGUCAUCACUACACAGCCCUCCUAAGAGGCUUCCUGGAGGUUUUGAGAUUCAGUUGCCCUGGGAGAUCCCAGAGUUUCCUUUCCCUCUUGGCCAUAUUCUGGUGUCAAUGACAAGGAAUACCUUGGCUUUGCCACAUGUCAAGGCUGAAGAAACAGUGUCUCCAACAGAGCUCCUUGUGUUAUCUGUUUGUACAUGUGCAUUUGUACAGUAAUUUGUGUGACUGUGUUCUUUGUGUGAAUUACAGGCAAGAAUUGUGGCUGAGCAAGGCACAUAGUCUACUCAGUCUAUUCCUAAGUCCUAACUCCUCCUUGUGGUGUUGGAUUUGUAAGGCACUUUAUCCCUUUUGUCUCAUGUUUCAUCGUAAAUGGCAUAGGCAGAGAUACCUAAUUCUGCAUUUGAUUGUCACUUUUUGUACCUGCAUUAAUUUAAUAAAAUAUUCUUAUUUAUUUUGUUACUUGGUA